AUGCUGAAUCAAUGUCGUUUUGAAACAAGGCACGAUCGUGCCAUUCUUGCCGAUCUCGAAACUGAACUUCAAGAGGCCAAAGCUCUCUUGUUAAAUCGUGAUCAGGAUGUUGACCGUCUAACACACACGGUAUAUCUCAGCCAGCUUGCUCGAACAGGGCAAAAUGAUUCAUCUGUUCUCAACUCUUCUGAUUCCGCUCCAGUUAUUGCCUUGGCCAAGACUUGUGACAAUGACGCAGAAGCCUCCGUUUCUGGUCUUUUUAGAACUGCAAAUCCACCUGAGGAUGCCGAUAUCUUGAUGAUGAAAGAGCGAAUAGUGGAGGCGGAGGUGGCC